AUGAGAUUUGUCCGUGCUAAAAUUGGCGAGUUCAACGGAGCUCCAUUCUAUCUCUACACAUGUAAAUCCAACUCGACACACUACCUCAACCAGAACGAUGUAGACACGAUCUUCUUAAAGAGAGCUGAGGGUGUUGCUGCACAUAUAUUGCCAGCAUGGAAGAACGCAUCACGUUACAUGUUCCAAACACCAACAGACACAAUAUUUCUAUCAUUCGAAGCAUUGGCUAACAUCGCAAACAAGCUGCAAGUCAAGGAAUUGCAGUCGCUGGUAAAUUGUAGUAGAGAUGAGAUAUGUAGUGGAAAGGCCAACCCAUCAUUAGUCAAGACGGGCUUGCAAGCAUAUAAACGGGCUAUGGAAAUAGUAGAAGAGGAUUUGGAAGUCAUUGAUACGGAUAUUGAAAAUGUUCAAACAGAGGCGAGUAUCAAUGAUGCCUGUGCUGUACCACAAACUGCAGAGCCUGAUUCUGAUGAAACGCCAUCCGAAUCAUCAGCCACUAAAAGAACCCGUGCAGGUGACGCAGCAGUAGGCGAAGAAGACUCGAAAUCAAAACGUAAACGUCUUUCCAUCAACACCACUGUCGCCAGCCCAAAGGACGACCACAUGACCUCCCCACCAUCAGAAACCAAUCGCAGGAACAGUCGUAAUUCAGCUGGAUUGUCUAUCCAGACCAGCCAAACACUCCCAUCUACCGCUAUUGCUGCUCAGACAUUAGCACAACUAGCUACCGGCAAUUCUGCAGGGGAUUUACCAACCAAUGCGCCAACUCACCAAACUAGCUCAGUUGUAAAACCACCCGUAUCUAUGGCUCCUCCACCACCAACUCGUGCACCAGGCGCAGGAGCUACAACACGACCAGUUAGUAAAUUAGCGCCACGACCAUUACCACCUGUAGGAUCUCAUCCAUCACUCGUUUCACCAAAAACAGAGUUUGGGCAUUCUAUAAAUAGCAACGCUCCCAGCGAUAACAUGGCUCCUCCUCCAAGAUCACCACUCCACAUGCAUCCACCACCAUCCCCAUUAUACGCCAACAGUAAUAGUAGCACCAGCAACCCUCAUAGUCAAUCAGGAGUACCGAUGACACCUACAACAACAACAGCAGCAACAGGGUUCCCUGUCUCUCGCCAAAACUUUAUGUCUAUAUUCGAAACCAUGUAUGACCAGGUUGAAUCUAAUGCUAGACUCAGAGUCACUCUAGAAGAACAAUUACGAUCAUCUGCCCGCUUGCUUGCUACAUUGCAAGCUUCUGGUGCCAUGAUUGAAACGCUUGUCCGAACACAGUUUCGAGAAAUGCAGCUGAUUUAUGGGGAGAGGUUUGGGUCUGCGUUGACCGAUUUGAAUAGGAGGAUGGUGGCUAUUGAACAACUUGUUGGGAUGGAUACUACCGCUGGUGGUAGCAGUAAUGGUACUACUGCUCCUGCUCCCGCCACGACAACCCCAGCUGCUACAACUAGUAAUAAUAAUGUCAUCCGCAUUCCAGUGACUCCAGGCACAGAUGGACCAUUGACUGCUGGAUUAGGUGGAUUGGUUGGCAGUGCAAGCUCGUCUCAUAUGGAAGCUGGUAUUAAGGCCUUGUCGGAACGAUUAGAAACUGCCACGGAAAAGGCAUCGUCGUCGUCAUCGUCAUCUGAAAAAAAGGUUGCCGACGCAUAA